AUCGUCACGAACCAAGUGAUGAAAAACAACAAUGCAACAAAUGUCAAAUGCGCAACGAAUGGUAGGCGAUAAGAAAAAGUACGAAAUAGCGAAAAUUCAACUGGAGGCAUUAAUUUAAGGAAAAUCUACGUCUUUUUAUUAUAAAAUAACUUUUUCUUGGAUUUGUUGUAAUACAAAAUAAAAGUGACGCGACAAGCAUGGCCUCGGGCACAACUUUGCAAAAAGCUAUCGACUUGGUGACCAAAGCGACGGAGGAAGAUCGCAACAAAAAUUAUGCGGAAGCGUUGCGUCUGUAUGAGCAUGGUGUUGAAUAUUUUCUGCAUGCUAUCAAGUACGAAGCACAAGGCGAGAAGGCCAAGGAUUCGAUAAGAGCCAAGUGUCUACAGUACUUGGACCGUGCUGAAAAACUUAAGGAGUAUUUGAAGAAAGGCAAAAAGAAGCCUGUAAAAGAAGGCGAAUCCAGUACCAAGGAUGACAAAGACAAAAAGGACGAUAGCGAUUCAGAUGGUGAAGAUCCUGAAAAGAAAAAACUGCAAGCUAAAUUAGAAGGAGCUAUAGUCAUUGAAAAGCCGCAUGUGAAGUGGUCCGAUGUAGCUGGCCUAGAUGCUGCAAAAGAGGCUCUAAAAGAAGCGGUUAUCCUGCCAAUUAAGUUUCCACAUCUUUUUACUGGUAAACGCAUACCCUGGAAGGGCAUUCUGCUCUUCGGCCCACCUGGUACUGGCAAAUCAUAUCUUGCCAAGGCUGUCGCGACUGAGGCAAACAAUUCAACUUUCUUUUCCGUGUCCAGUUCGGAUUUGAUGUCUAAAUGGUUAGGUGAAUCUGAGAAGUUGGUCAAGAAUCUCUUCGAGUUAGCACGUCAACAUAAACCAUCUAUCAUUUUUAUUGACGAAAUCGAUUCUAUGUGCUCGGCGCGUUCGGACAACGAGAAUGACAGCGUGCGUCGUAUCAAAACAGAGUUUUUGGUGCAAAUGCAAGGUGUAGGCAACGACACCGAUGGUAUUCUCGUAUUGGGCGCCACCAAUAUACCAUGGGUGUUGGACUCAGCUAUACGGCGACGAUUCGAAAAACGUAUAUACAUUCCGUUGCCGGAAGCACAGGCACGUCUGGUAAUGUUUAAAAUACAUUUAGGCAAUACCACUCAUGUGCUAACUGAGGCCGAUCUUAAAGUGCUGGCAUCGAAAACCGAUGGCUACUCCGGCGCUGAUAUUUCAAUAGUUGUUCGUGACGCACUCAUGGAACCAGUGCGCAAAGUGCAAACCGCCACCCAUUUUAAACGAGUAACCGGUCCAUCACCAACAAAUAAAGAAGAGGUAGUUGAUGACCUGUUGGUGCCGUGUUCACCAGGCGAUGAAGGCGCAACUGAAAUGUCUUGGAUGGAUGUGCCCAGUGAUAAAUUAUUUGAGCCUCCAGUUACUAUGCGUGACAUGCUGAAGUCCUUGUCUCGCACCAAACCCACUGUGAACGAUGAUGAUCUAGUAAAGCUGCGCAAGUUCACUGAAGACUUUGGACAAGAGGGAUAAAUUGUAGAAAAGCUAAGAAUAUUUGAUUUUAUUAUUAAAAUAAGUGAAUACUGUACGCAAAUUGAUCAAUUGUUGCCUAUUUGAUAUAAAGCAAACAAACAAGAAA